CGCCCACCGUCUCCGGCGUCUCGUCCUUGCAAUUGAUUCUGAGUUUUUGAUCUACAGAGAAAGGCUUCAAAGGUUUGGUUUUUUCUCCGAGUUUUUUUGUCCUUCAAAAAAAACUUUGGUUGCUCUCUAAUAUAUACGUUGAAAAGAAGAAACUAAGAAAUGGGUAAAAGUUGGUUUUCAGCUGUGAAGAAAGCCUUAAGUCCAGAACCAAAACAAAAGAAAGAUCAGGAUUUGAAGUUGAAGUGUUCAAGGCUCGAAGCUCAUUUGGAGAAGGUGAAGCGAAAGUGUUCAGACCUCGAAGCUCAAUUGUUGGAAGAAAAGGCAAAGGUUUUGGCUGCCAUAGCUCCACUCUCGUCGUUUGAUGACGGUGUUUUUGAUGACUUUUUUGAGUUCUUAUGCAAGUAGAUCUAGGUUCUGCUAGUGCUAGAGUUGUUUGACAUGCUCUCUUGCUUUCUCUUCUAAAAUUAAGAAAAUAAUUUAAGUAGACUUCAUGUUCGCACAUUUAUAUAGAAGUUUUUUCUGUGGUUAAGGAUUCUCAAGGUGUCUUUAGUUUAUCGUUUUAUUGUGCAACACUAACAGUGAUUAAUAGAACCAAAUUCAUUGC